CCGUCAAGCGGCGGCGGUGGGAGUAACUGACUGUGGUGCCACGUGGAACGGUCGCGUCUCUUGCACUCGUAUCGGAGUCCUUCGACGGUACUGUACGAAUCGCCCGUCGUUGCUCUGUGCUUCUACAAUCGACGUUCCGCGCUUCUGAACCGAAAACCGAAAAUCCUGUACCGGAACGCAGCGGAAAUAAGUCAUACGCAGACAAACAGUGAUAAAAAGCCGAAAGGGGCAGAUUUUCCGUAAUAAUUAAUUGUUCAGGGCUUUUUUUCCUCCAACCACGAUGACGAACAGCGCUACGCAUACCAUUAUAAAGCAGCCUACGUGGUGGCGUCGCCGCACCGCCGCGGAGCGCAAGCUGGUGCUGACACAGACGGUGGCGCUCCUAGCUGCAGUUGCGCUCGCCGUCUCAGUGCUCGUGGUCGUCGCCAGGCGGCAGCACCAGCCCGACGCGACGAUGCUGGUGGCGUUUGAGUCCAGACAGAACGUGUCUACAGGAGCUGCCCAGGUGUCGGCGUCCGGGUCCGUCAACCAGAGCCUGCAGAAUGUCUGCCUCACGCCAGGAUGUGUCCGUGCAGCGUCCGAGGUGCUCAGCAAACUGGACCCAUCCGUCGAACCCUGUGACGACUUCUACCAGUAUGCGUGUGGCAACUACCUGCGCACCACUAACAUCCCGGAUGACAAGUCAGUAGUGAGCACCUUCUUGGAUCUGAGAGAAGAGCUCCAGGAGAAGCUGCGCAACGCCAUAGAAGAGGAGGAGACCCAAGCAGUGGUCCCCAGGAGCUUACAGCUGGCACGCAACCUCCACACCGCUUGCACAAACAAGAAACGGAUCGAGUCCCGCGGCCUGGAGCCACUCCAGAGGGUCCUGAAGGACGAGCUAGGCGGCUGGCCUGCUGUAGAGGGCGACUCUUGGGACGAGACGAGCUUUGAUUGGCUGCACAGCAUCUACCGCUUCCGCAGAGCCGGCUUCAGCAUCGAUUACUUCAUUAAGUUCCAAGUGAAACCUGAUGUGCGCAACUCCACGCAACAUUACAUGCAUCUGGACCAGGCAUCGCUGGGUCUGAGCCGCGAGUUCCUGCUGAAGGGUCUCUCGGACAAGCGGGUGGACGCCUACUACCAGUACCAGGUCGACCUGGCAGUUCUGCUGGGCGCCGAGAGGACACGCGCUGAGCGCGAGCUCAGGCAGUCUCUCGAGUUUGAGAUAGCUCUGGCCAACAUGUCACUGCCAAAGGAGGCUCGACUGAACCAGACGCGACUGUACAACCCGCGCACUGUGGAGCAGCUGCAGCGUGACUACCCGUCGGUGCCGUGGCUGGAGUGCCUGCGGGCGCUGCUGCCGCCGCACGUCACCGUUUCCGGCGACGAGGUGCUCGUCGUGGCCGUGCCCUCCUACCUCAAGAGCCUCGAAGCCCUGCUCAGCCACACUCCCAAAAGGGUGGCGGCCAACUACGUGAUGUGUCGGGCGGCCAUGUCUGCGGUGCCGUACAUGACGCAGGAGCUGCGGGGCCGCCAGUUCGAGUACCAGGCAGCCCUCACUGGCAGGAGGGAGCGCGAGUUCCGCUGGAAGGAGUGCCUCAGCAUCGUCACUAGACGCCUGGGGCUGUCUGUGGGCUCCAUAUACGUGCGCAGGUACUUCAACCGGGCGGCCAAGGAGGCGGCGCUCGAGAUGGUGGACGACAUCCGCCGCGAGUUCCUCCGCACCCUGCGCCAGCUGGACUGGAUGGACGAGGGCACCAGAAAGAAGGCACUCGAGAAAGCCAAGUCGAUGGUCGCCCAAAUCGCCUACCCAGACGAGCUGCUGGACGACAGGAUGCUGGACCACUUCUACGAGAAGUUGGAGAUCAACCCGACCUUGUACCUGGAGAGCAUGCUCAACGUGACCAAGUUUCUGACCAACUACUCCUUCAGCCAGCUGCGGCAGCCCAUCAACAAGACCGAGUGGAUCAUCCACAAGACGACGGACGUCAACGCCGCGUACGACCCCGUCGAGAACUCCAUAGUGAUUCCAGCGGGUAUCCUCCAGGGUGUCUUCUUCAGCGCUGACCGUCCCAAGUACAUGAACUACGGCGCCAUCGGCAUCCUAAUUGGCGACAGGAUCACAGCCGGCUUCAUCGGAGAGGGUCGUCAGUUUGACAAGAAUGGCAACCUGGUGGACUGGUGGGACCCUGUGACCCGCGACAAGUUCCUCAAGAAAGCUGAGUGCUUGAUCUCACAGUAUGGGAACUAUACCGAAGAGCAAACAGGCUUACAUCUGAACGGGGUCAACACGCUGGAGCGGAACACUGCGGACAACGGCGGCCUUGUGCUGGCGUACGGCGCCUACCUCGCGCUGGAGCGCCGCAGCGGCCGCCCGGAGGCGCGCCUGCCCGCGCUAUCCGGGCUCUCCCCGCGGCAGAUGUUUUGGGUGUCUGCCGCACAGAACUGGUGCUGCAAGUACCGUACUAAGACGAUGAUAGAGUUCAUCACCACUGGAGUUCACUCCCCAGACAACUUCCGAGUACUGGGCCCAUUCAGCAACCGGCCCGAGUUUGCCGAGGACUUUGCAUGUCCUCUCGGCUCCCGCAUGAACCCGCUGGAGAAGUGCCAGGUGUGGUGAAGAGUCCAGCAGAGGUGCCGGACUGUCGGAAGCCUGAUGCUGACAACCGGCUGGAGCCGCUGCCAGCCACACACGAAUAACGACAGAGCGAGAGGAAAUCUAUUGGCUCACACCCCAGCUGCAGAACUGUCUGUGGGGCCUUCACUGUGUGGGGCCUGUGAGAUAGCAGACUCGAAAGAGAGGAGCAGCUGCACUGAAAUAGGAUCGUCCAGAUCCUAUGGUUUCAGCACACGCUCAAUCGAAUUUCCAUCUGUGUGUGUCUGCGCGUUUGCACCAUAAUUACCUGCUCCUGUUUGGAGUAGAUAAAUAAACCUGUGUGCAGAAGCCAUUAGUUUUAUCCUAAGUGUUAAUCAAUUAUUGUAGCUACUGCAGUCUAUCUUACUAAUACUCCACAUUCAUCUAGUGGAAUUAUAUCAGUGGAAAAACUACACCAAUAACAAUGUGUUGUCACACAUAUGGUUUAAUGACCGCCAUCUUCAGGUGAGACGCUGCUGCUCCUGAGAACAGUUGAAAAUUAGUGCUAAACGCGCAAAUGUCGUCCCCGAACUCUACACGAGGCACGCAUCGCCCACCACAAGCGAUGCUCUCAAGACCGGACUUGUGGCGCCACCCUUAGUGUAACACUGGCGCCAAAAAUACGUUGCACUCGAAGACGAACCUCAAACUCUGAAGCCGAUCACACCAAAGAACAUUGUGUUUCGAUGCUGGAUAUCUCAGCGUUCCACAUCCCGCUACGAGAAAACCUUUGUUUCAAUUAAUGAAAUUUUCUGUUGACCUAAUUUCAAUUACCUUUUUAUGAACACUCUUCAAAAUCCAGACGUACCAUAAAAUAUCAGGGUAUCUCAGUAUUCUUCCUAAAUCUUUCAUUUCAACAAUUCUGCACUCUCCUUAACUGUGCAAAUCGACCGGCCGAUGUAAGCUUUCCCCAAAUGACCAAGAAUUUUGGGUUUUCCAGGAUUUCAAAGUCCUAAAUCAUCCUUUAUAAAGCCGAGUAGUGCCCUAAUCUUGAUAGGUAGGCGGAACACAUUCAUAAUAUGAGAUUUCCUUAAAGUGAAAUCUAUGUCGAAGCAUACUGAAUAUGUGCCACACAUCUGUCUUUCUCCUCAUGCAUCUCCAGGGAUGGCUCAAACUGCAUAGCCUGAUGAACCUUCUUCUCAGAGUAUCCAUUUUAUUUAAACACAGCCGCCAAAUGCUGCAAAUUCCUAGGUUAAAACUGGUGACUCGAAAACGCCGUAUGCUCUGCGUACUAGAGUUUUAACGACACCACGGCGUUGGUACGGCUGGUGGAAGUGUCAAUUUAUGCAGAUAGCGAUCAGAAUUUGUCGAUUUACGAUAAACGCUACGUGACAGAGUACCAUCAUGUUUUCGGUUAAACCCACACAUCCAAAAAAUCGAUGCUUCCCGUCACCUUCAAACUCCGUUUUAAAUUUAAUGCUGGGAGGUAGACUGAAGAUAAAUCAUCUAAGAACAUCGUGUAUUUUGGGCAAGACGAUAAAGAUAUCGUCAACGAAUUUCAAGAUGUGCACUGGUUCCAAAGCUGAAGUCCCCUAUGCCGUAUCCUUGAAGUAUUCCAUAAAUAAAUUUUGAUCUAUAGAAGAUUAAGGACUACCUGUAGCAACCCUGUCAUUCUGAACAGUACCAUUUAAUGAAAAACAUGUCGAUGUCAACACAUGACUACAAAGCUGCACUAAUUGCUCAUCGAGUGUUUCCCUAAUCACACUCGAGCACUCUUCCAAAGUGACAUAUGUGAAUAGAGCUACCACAUGGAAAUUCAUAAGUAAAUCCUAAAUGUCUAUGGAUGGCUUCGAGGAUAGGACAAUGAGCUUUGCAACAAAUGUGCUCGAGGAGACACUAUGCUGUAACCGAUUUAUGGACAAUUCAACUGUCUUCAUACAAGAACUAAAUUGGUCAUGGAGCCCGGAACUGACGAGAAGGUAUCGUUUUGGGACAUACUCGUUUACAAAAAUCAUGGUGGUACUCUGGGACAUAGUGUCCACGAAAAACCGACGAAUACUGAUAGUUACCUGCAUACAAAGAAUUUCCACCCAUUGUACCAAUGCCAUAGCGUGUUUAGAACUCUAGUACGCAGAGCUUAUAUUAUUUCCGACACAGACAGUCUAACACAAGAAGUUUGAGACUUGUGGCCGUGUAAAGGAAAAUGUGUACUGUGAGUUGCAAAUAUGGUGUCUGGACCACCGCCAGAAAUGCCUGAAGCGGAGCGUAGAUCUGUGGGCAUUGUUCCUUUGUGAUGCAAGUAUAGGCUAUCCUUUAACAGUGAAAUAAUUUUGAGGAGAUUUUACAUUAAGCGUGUGUACCGUCCACCCGUCAAGGUUAGGGUACUGCUUGACUCUAUUAAGGAUGAUUUGAGACUUAGUAGGUAUUGCACACACAAAAUUCUGUGUGAAUGUGGAAGGCUUACGUAGACCUGUGUGUUUUUGCUGUUCCGGAUAUGUGCAAAGAAAAUCGCCGUCACAAGGGGGUAAACAGCUGGAGAAGUCGGCAAUAGUGGAAAAUUAUUUAAACGAGAUACACGGGAUGAAAUUCAACGAUACGUUUUUGGGAACAGUGUUUGUAAGGAUUUGGUUGAGUUUAUGUUCACAGACAAUUUGAUCAAUGGUGACAAGGGAUUUUGUCUUAGCAGGAAGUGGAACCCUGUUUUACCUAGCAUCAAAACACAACGAUCUUAGGUUCCGCCGGCCCGAGAGUUUAAGAAUACUACUCGACUGCCAUAUACGAAUGGCGUCGGAGUGGUACUAGGGGCGGCAUAAAGAGCCAGUCAGGGGGGUAAGCUACUGUGGUGCAUGACGCAUGCACUGUGUAUAAGUCCGGCCUCAGGAUUAGCUUUCACUGAGACUCAGCAGCUGCUUUCCUGAAAAUGAGAGACAGUGGGUCCACGAAAUAUUGAGUCAAGUCGAUUUUGAGAGCCGGCAGCGAAAACCAAGGAUAGUACCAGUUUGUGAAAUUUCCAUAGGCAUUUAUUUUCUCUGCAUGUGUUAUUCGAGCAUUUCACCAGAGAGCAGACAGAAUUAUAUAUCAAUAAAUGACAGUUUCUGCUACCUUUCAUAUGCAAUGAACAAAAAAGCUUUUACCAUAUACCAUCUCAGUUUUUCGGUACUAUGUGUAUGAAUUAUGUGGGAAGGCUGCGCAAAAAUUAGGAGAUUACAAAUAUAUCAGUUACUCUCCAGGUAUGUGGCAGGAGGACUUGUGUGAAAAUUAAAGUACGAGACGUUCAUUCUUCAGGAAGGUGAAAACUGUCCAGUUAGCAAUUUUGCCAUAUUCGAGAGCAGCUAAUGCAUCAUGCAGACGCUGGAAUAUUUUUAAAUGUGUGAUGUAAUCAGUACUGCCUGCAAUUAGUGAGGGAUUUGAUCAUACCAUCUGCUGGUCUCGUUGAAGAUAAUCCUCAGAAGGCAUAACCAUAUUUUCACUCCGUUAAUGGAAUGUCACUUGUCACUGGGGCUGACGUGUUAGAUACGCUUCAUGAAUAGACAGAAGACGUCGUGCUGUCCACGACUAUCAUUAUUAUCUAGGCAAGAUAAGGCAUUUGUACAAAAGCCCAGUAAUAUCAUAUUUAAUUAUCAGCCAUAAACUUCAGGACGGUGUUAUGUCAUUAAAGUACUUAAUGGUGAUACUAGCAGUAGGUAUGAAGGGGACAAAAACAUGAUACCAGUAACGGGAUUGUCAAAUGGAAAACUGUGAUUUACUGUGACAGUUCUGCUGAUGAGUAAUGUAUUGGUAAUGAACAGCACAUGUAAGACACUAUUGCGUCCAUGUCUGGAGUACUCCUUAUCUCGCAGAUAUGACGGCAUAUGUCAAGAGAUAUCGGGAGACAUGUUUCCAGAAUCAUAAUAUACUAGCAACGUCUAUAGAGAAGUGCAACAGCUAUCAUCGAAGAACUUAACUGAGAAUCUGUUGUAUUCCAGAAUCUUGUUGCUAAUAUUUGAUGACCUGGUACUGGAAUAAGCAUAUGGGACGGUUUGUAAGGUACCUAAAAUGUGUUUUGUGACACGUGUAUCUAAUGUUCCGUGAUGAGUGGAAGCAAGGAAUCAAUUCUCAAGAAGAAUAUUUAAUGAAAGAAUACAGGUAAUACAUUCCUCAAGGUUGCACCAUGGGAUCUUGUUAAGAACAACAACGAUCGAAAUAUAAAAAUGAAUAAUUUAUUGAUUCACUCUAUGUAGUGUCAAUUUUAAAUAAUCAAAUAGUUGAAUAAAUGUAUAUUGCAGAAUAAUUUCGGUCGCCAGCUCAAAAACGAGAAAAAAUUAAACCUUAUUGAUGACUGACUUGUGUUUCAAAUCACGUAAAAUUGGGAGUUAAUAUGAAUGAAACAAGUGAACAAAAUACACUCAAGUGCGUUUAGACGAUAAAGAACCGUGUAACAUGAAUAAAACGACAUUCAUUUGGAAUAUGCAGAUAUUAUUUGUAGUUACAGCCACCAAUACUAGGUAAUGAUCAGGAAUACUUUAUGGAAACCAUGUUGAAUUACGUAACUCACAAAAUCGCUGUCUAUUGGAAAAUACGCAAAAUCAUGCCCCAAAAAAAUUACUGUUCCUUAAUGGUUACUUAUCAAAUGAAUGUAAUAAAUUGUUUCAUUUAUAGAAAUAACCAUUUGGCAGUACACAUGUUACGAGGGUAUAGGUAUAUGAAAUUAUCUGCAAAACACAACAUAAAAGCCUAAAAUUCCUUUGGCUGCCAUAGCGCCAUCAUACUUUUAUCAUUGAAAUACAAAUUUCUUUGAAAUAACUUUUCUUUUGGCUGAUUGUCUGCAUAGCAGUGCAACAUUUCAUGAAGAAGUAUAAUUACUGCUGCCUCUUAUUCCAAUAAUUAUUUGAAUGAAAUAGAUCCUUAAAAUUAGCUAGAUUUAACUUUUUUCAUUAUUUCUUCCACUAAUGAGUUUCUUGGAAGUACUGGUGAAAGUCUGGGAUCCUGCCUAUGGUUAAUGACUUGGUUUAACUAGCUUCACUCACAAGCUAAUGAUUUGAUUGAACAGCAUUCUAAUUUUCAAUAAACUGACUAAUUCACUGGCAAUCCUCGCACAAAAUAUAUAGUCUCCCCCCAUAAAAUUCUGUCAUUUUUAGACGAAAAUUACAUAAUAUAUUAUCUAGGCGUAUCAUCUGCUUUUUGGGUUUGUCAACUACACGGCAGAAGUUAAGAAGCCUUAACGUAUUUAGCAAAUGGUUCCCAUUUCUAUUCAUAAGCCCUAAGUUCAUAUUUGUACUACUAAAUAUUGUGUAAUCUUUGAGUACCAAGAGGACUGGUUCCUCCAGCAGUUCCACAAACAAAUAUCCUUGUAAUUCAGGUGGUAGUUUACCGAAACAAUAUAAUUUACUAUUUCGGCAACAUUGCAGGUGCAACUUCAAAUUUUGCAUUAACGAUCUUUGAUUUUUGACACAGGCAGAUAGCCAUCAUGUUAAGCACUUCUUCUACAGUAGCUGGUUGCCAGUCAUGAUGAUGUGGCUACUUGAAUUUAGUUCUUCAUGGCUAGACCAGUGCUCAUUUACUGAAAGCAUACUGUGGUUUAAGUAUUCCAGCCAAUGUUCAACUUUAUUGAUUAGUAGUUGAGAGACUCUAUAUCAGUAUUCAAGAAACCUACAUUAUGUAGUGUUCUAUUAGUGAAACGAAUUUCUUGAAACUCAGGUUACGAACAUUUCUUCUUCUCCUUUUUCCUUUUUUAUGUAAGUAGGGCAUUUUCAUGAUGUUUGUUAUCUUCAGAUCCAGUUUUUUCCUUGAAACUCUUUGCUUCUGAUUGGUCCCUUUUCCUUGGCUAAUUGAUUUGUUGAAGAGUAAUUAUGCAGAGGGAGUUCACUCUUUUGGUCUGUGUACAAAGAAUUCUCACGCCGUACCUGUGGAUCUGUGGACGGAGUGAGCUGCGAUCUUAUUUCUGGUCCCCCCUCUUGUGCUCCUUGGUUCCAGCCUGUAGUUAAAGUACUGCUGUCGCUAGUGCUGGUGGUGCUUCUCCUGAUACUAUUGUUGGUAUUUCCAUUACUGAUGGAGUGGCCUCGCCGUUUUAUGAAGUUAACAUAAAAUUGCGCACAUAAUUUCAAUAAUUUGUUUUAUUUUGGAGCUUAGGAACAUUCUACCACGAAUACGUAAAAGCAUACCGAGCCUUGUGAAUCAUUUCCUUUGCACUAAUUCCAUGUCUAGAAAGUGUGUUUCUCCAUGCUUAACAUAUUUUAAGAAAUUGCCAGUUGGCCUUAAUAGUUUCUGGAGGGAUGACUGUGUGAAGUUGUAUUUGUGCAGUGUUCCUGUAACUAUAAUGGUGUGUAAAACCUUACUAUGAUGUGACACUGCCAAGUUACGUGGCUCUAUGAAACUUGGACCGUACGUAAAAAGGAUUGCUACGGUAUAGUACACAAAGUAACUGCAAGAAUUACGCAAUAAGACGAUUAGAACUGACUCUUUUGAUUAUUAAAAAAAAAUUACACUAACGCCAGUACAAUUUAUGAUUGUGCCCUGGAUAAUACAAAUGGGGGAAACGGUUCUUAAUAGAGUGUAUGAUCACCACAGACAGCAAUGCGUGCUCUACAAUGUGCCCCAUUCUGGUCAUAAGGUCGAUAGGUGGUAAGGGGAUUCCUUUCCGUCACCAGCACAAAACUGCUGGAUGGUCAUCUGUAUAUGUGUACGUGCUGCUACAAUAUGUCUCCCCAAUGAAUCUCUCUAGUAAUCGAAGAGUUUUAAGUCGGCAGAAUGGGGAGAUUAGAGGGGAGGGGGAGAUGGACAGAGAUAGGAGUGGGAUGAUAUGGGCUGAAGGAAGGGCGGAGGAAGACAUGCCCUGAGGGUGGUUGCUUGCACAGGAGAUGGACAAGCAGAAAGGGGGGGGGGGGUAGGAGGUGG